AUAGAUUUGGCUAUCCAAUAUGGCGGCUGGAGAUGCUCCGCCAGUUAAAAGAUUGAAGAUCAAAGACGAGAAUGAUGAACUUUUUAUGUCGUUUCAUAAAGAUAAUUUGCAAACUUUAAAGUAUGCAUUAGAUGUUUUUAACAGUCAUCUGUCUUGUUAUGGAGUUGGAAUCAUAAAAAUUAAAGUUUGCAAUGCCGCAAGUUCCAAAUGUUUUUCUAGCGCAACUUGCGAUUGUGAACAGUUUCGUAAACCCAGUUCUUCUGUACCUAGAGGAUUUAAAAUACGUGGUAUUUUUCAAUAUGGAUUUAAAAUGUUGGAGGCUUACAUCAAAUCCCCUGAAUGCAUACCUCAAAGAAGAGGUGCCAGAUUAGCUUUGGCAAAGCUACUGAAGUUUUUGUCAGAUAUAGAGUUGACAGGGAAAUCACUUUCUCAAGGCAAAAAAGAUAUCAGUGAAACUGAGUGGACUGCAAGAGUGGCACAUCAUUUGUUUUCAAAGCUUGCUGUUGGUUCAAAUUAUACAUUAGACAAUAUUAGCAAAGGAAGGAUAAAAGAUGCAUAUUGUAAUUGUGGCUGCAAGGAAAGAUUAUUGGGGGAUUACGGGGACACUUCUAUGGGUAAAUAGUAUUCAUAAUGUUGU